CUCCUCCUCUGUCCCCCCCGUGUGUUGGGGCUUUGGUGAAAGGGCAAAGUCACGUCACACAGGGCUGGUCUUAGCGUUUAUUAGCCCGGGGAUCCAAGCUCCAGGCUGCUCCACACUGCUGUUCUAAGCGCGGUCAGCGGUGGAGGGCAGUCCGUCUAACUUCGCCAAAACUUUCUGGAAACUUAGUGAAGAGAACAGAAACGCAUUGACAAAGUGUCGCAACUCGCUUCACUCUUGAAAGAAUUACACUUCAACUACUUGAAGUGUUUUUGUUUUAAUAAUCUGAGCCUGCACAGCUACUUUGAAAGUUUUGAAUGAGCCUGCUCUCGUUUGCGUUGACUCUUUUCCGCUUUUUAUUUUUUAAUUGAACUCAAGGUUGAGAUAAAGCUCUAAUCUGUCAUCUGAGACCCGUGAUGGCUGUUUUAUCACUUGCUUUUCUGCUUGCAGGAUUUGUUUUGACUUCAGCUAAAAAGGCUGGUGAAUUAGAUAGAGAAGACCAGCUGAGGAGCCGGCUGAAGGAGUACGGCCUAGUCACGCCCUUCAGCACUGACUCCCACGGACACUACCUGUCCCACCUGCUUUCGGCCAGUCACAAGCAGCGCGUGAGGAGGGAGGCUUUUUCCUCUGAAUCCGAGCAGAGACUGUUCUUCAACAUCACAGCCUUCGGGAAGGAGUUUCACCUUCGGCUGCUGCCGAACGACAGGCUGGUGGCGCCUGGAGCGAUGGUGGAGUGGCAGGAUGAGGUUCAGGGAUUUGGAAACUUCAGCGACAGUGAUGAUAGAAACUCCACUGUGGGUGCCAACCAGACUGACGUGACAGAGAGGAUUCUCCAGCGGGAGCUACUGAAGACAGACUGCACCUUUAUCGGUGACAUCACUGACGUCCCUGGAGCCACUGUUGCCAUUAACAACUGUGAUGGACUGGCCGGGAUGAUCCGCACCGACUCAGAUGAGUACUUCAUCGAGCCGCUAGAGAAGGGCACUCAGGAGAUGGAGGACAAGGGCAGGGUCCACGUGGUGUACCGCAGGUCAGCCCUGCUGCAGGCUUCCGCUGACAACUCUGUGGACUACCAGCAACAAGAACCAGAUGUCCCCGGGACGCUUGAUUUAUUAACGCAGCAGGUCAAUCAGACAGUCCACCAUCGUCGUCGCCACCGUAGAGACGCUGCAGAAGAUGACUACAACAUUGAAAUCCUGCUGGGAGUUGACGACUCAGUGGUUCGGUUUCAUGGCAAGGAGCAUGUGCAGAAUUAUCUACUGACUUUGAUGAACAUUGUGAACGAGAUUUACCACGACGAGUCACUGGGGGUUCAUAUCAACGUGGUGCUGGUGAGGAUGAUCAUGCUGGGUUACGCCAAGUCCAUCAGCCUCAUUGAAAGAGGAAACCCAUCACGGAGUCUGGAGAAUGUUUGCCGCUGGGCUUUUGUGCAGCAGAAAGGCGACACUGAUCACGCCGAACACCACGACCAUGCAAUUUUCCUCACCCGCCAAGGCUUCGGCCCCACCGGCAUGCAGGGUUACGCUCCAGUUACAGGGAUGUGCCACCCAGUUCGGAGCUGCACCCUGAACCAUGAAGACGGCUUCUCUUCUGCCUUUGUUGUGGCUCAUGAGACUGGACAUGUGCUUGGCAUGGAACAUGAUGGCCAAGGAAACCGCUGUGGGGAUGAGACCGCGAUGGGAAGCGUGAUGGCCCCUCUGGUGCAGGCAGCCUUCCAUCGAUACCACUGGUCCAUGUGCAGCGGUCAGGAGCUGAAGAGAUAUAUCCACACCUAUGAUUGUUUACUGGAUGACCCCUUCAAACACGACUGGCCUCAGCUUCCUGAGCUCCCUGGCAUCAACUACUCCAUGGAUGAGCAGUGUCGAUUUGAUUUCGGAGUGGGCUAUAAGAUUUGCACCUCAUUUCGGACGUUUGACCCUUGUAAACAGCUUUGGUGCAGUCACCCAGACAACCCUUACUUCUGCAAAACUAAAAAGGGGCCACCUCUCGACGGGACCGAGUGCGCUCCAGGAAAAUGGUGCUACAAAGGUCACUGCAUGUGGAAAAACCCAAAUCAGCUGAAGCAGGACGGUGCCUGGGGUUCCUGGAGUAAAUAUGGUUCCUGCUCAAGAUCCUGUGGUACUGGAGUUCGCUUCCGGACGCGGCAAUGUAACAACCCUGCACCCUCAAACGGCGGCCAGGACUGUCCUGGAGUCAACUAUGAGUACCAGCUGUGCAACACAAACGAGUGCCCGAAGCACUUUGAAGAUUUCCGAGCUCAACAGUGCCAGCUUCGCAACUCCAACUUUGAAUUCCAAAAUGCCAAACACCACUGGCUACCUUAUGAGCAUGCUGACGCUAACAAGAGAUGCCACCUGUACUGUCAGUCAAAGGAGACCGGAGACAUGGCGUAUAUGAAGCAGCUGGUGCAUGAUGGGACGCGUUGCUCGUACAAGGACGCCUACAGUAUCUGCGUGCGUGGAGAAUGUGUGAAGGUCGGCUGUGACAGAGAGAUCGGCUCCAACAAAGUUGAGGACAAGUGUGGUGUUUGUGGUGGAGAUAACUCCCACUGUAGAACCGUGAAAGGAACCUUCACCAGGACACCAAAGAAACCAGGGAAGACCAGAGGAGCCUUUUCCCUGCCUAAAGGAGCUCGAAAUGUGUAUUUAAAUGAAACUGAGGAGUCUAGAAAUGUGCUGGCAAUCAAGAACCAAGCAACAGGACACUACAUCCUCAAUGGGAAGGGAGAAGAGCCAAAGUCCAAAGGCUUCAUUGAACUUGGAGUGGAGUGGCACUACAUCAUUGAGGGAGAUGUGGAGACGCUGCACACCGACGGGCCUCUGCACGACGCUGUGGUGGUUCUGAUUAUACCGAAGGACAAUGAGACACGAUCCACUUUAAUGUACAAGUACAUCAUCCAUGAGGACUCAGUGCCAGUCAACAACAACAACGUCAUCCAGGAGGAAGCCUAUGAGUGGGCUCUGAAGAGCUGGUCGCCGUGUUCAAAGCCCUGCUCUGGAGGGUUUCAGUACACUAAGUAUGGGUGUAGAAAAAAGGGAGACACGAAGAUGGUUCAUCGAGGCUACUGCGAAGCCAACAAAAAGCCAAAACCCAUCCGCAGAAUGUGUAACCUUCAGGACUGCACUCAGCCACAAUGGAUCUCUGAAGACUGGGAGCAUUGUACCAAGACCUGCGGUUCCCUGGGUUUUCAGAUCCGGACGGUUCGCUGCAUACAGUUCCUCCAUGAUGGCACCAACCGCUCCAUCCACACCAAAUACUGCAGCGGGGUGAAGCCAGAGAGCCGGAGACCCUGUAACAGAAUCCCGUGUCCUGCCCAGUGGAGGACCGGAGCCUGGUCACAGUGCUCCGUGACAUGUGGAGAGGGGACAGAAAGGCGACUGGUCACCUGCCGGAUUGGAGAUCAGUGUUCUGGGGAUAAACCUGAGGCGGUGAGGCCAUGCCGACCCGGACCGUGCCAUGAUGAGCCAUGUAGUGGAGACAAAUCUAUCUUCUGCCAAAUGGAGGUGUUGGCAAGAUACUGCUCUAUUCCAGGCUACAGCAAACUGUGCUGUGACUCGUGCAGUAAGCGCAGUGGAAGCUUGUCUCUGCUCUCAGAGGCAGCUGAGAUGGAGGAACAUGCCCGCUUCGGAUCAGCCUCCCAGCUACUGGAGACAUUAAUGGCCAACGCUCCUCAAAGUGGCAAACUAAGCUCAGGAAAAGGAUCUGCCAAGCAAGGAAACGCUGCAAAACGCAUCACAACACCAGCUCCACUAAGGAAAGCCCAGCCAAAGACUUCUACAGCACCGAGGAGAGUUCCACGAGAUUUAAAUCUUAAUCCAUCUUUUCUGAAAGACCUAGAGGGUCAAAGAUCUGGCAGUUUGACCGGGUGUCGGUGGCCUACAUCAUAUUCUAGAGUUGAGAGAUGAAAGCCAAACCCCUUUAGGACUCCUCAUGGACAGUAGAUUUUCCAGCCUCAUCCUGAGUCUUCGCACACCAAAUACAUCACAGAUGGAGAGACAGAUAGUAGGAAGGUGAAAAGAAAAGUGCUGGUUCACUUUUUGUUUUUAUUGAUAUCAAGCUCCCUUUUGUCCCUGAAAUGGAUUUUAAAUACCACGCUGACAUUUUAAAGAUAGCUUCCAUACUCUUUGAACUGAAAAGAGUACUGAAAAGUCCGUAUGAUCCAAAGGUAAUCUCAUUAUAGUUAAAUUACAUUACCAAAUGGUUUAAUGCAGAAUAGCUAAAAGAAGUCUUUGUUUGUUAGUUUGAGUCCAGCGUUUAUAGUUUUUACAAAGAAAUUGCUGCUUUAUUCAAAACCCAGUCUGGACUUUUGGAACAAGGCACUGAUGUCUUCUUUGUGGUCACUUUAAGCAAUGAAAACCUCAGUGACAUGUUUGUGGAAGUUCAUGUAUUUCUUAUCUGAUUGGUUUGUUGUCCCGUUCCUAUCAUAAAGGAGAUAAAGCUCCUUUGGAUGAAAAGCCAAAUUUAGACACUACAAUGUUCAUCCUCAAAGAAUGUUUUUGGCAAAAGAAAAUCUCUGGUCAUGAGCUUGAAUCAUCGGUCUGCUGUCAUUCAUUGUGUCCGACUCUCUGCCAGACAUUUUAGCACUCUAACGACUAAAGAUGACCUACAACAAAUAUCAAGCAGUGCUGAAACAUUUUGCAAUUUUUUCUUUUUUACUCCUCGCCGUUUAUAGUCUGAAUCUCAAUAAUAAGACCAUUAACACAUGCACUUGGUUUUCCGUCAGUGCUGGGCUGUUUUGUCAGUCAGAUGUUUUAGCAGCGAUUCUGCUGCAGCAACAAAUACAGUCUGGUAUCUUUCGUUUUACAUUGUCAGUAGAGAUCACUUUUUGAUUUUCGAAAUUGCACAGUGUGCUUAAAGGUUAACAGACGCUGCUCCAUCAGAUGUUUAAUAGAUAAAGGAGAGAACAGCUGCAGCAGCAUGUAAUAAUUCAAUCUGUGCAAGGUACAGAUUUCAUGACGCAUUUGUAAGGCUUGAUAAAAUAAAGUGUUUUGAAGUAUUAUUUUUAUUUAGUCAUGUUGGUGCUGCUCUCAUAAUUCAUUUUACUCAAAUUUGAUAUCUUGCUUAAAGUUAUUUCUAAAAUUCCUUAGUUGUUCAAAAAGAUGUGAAGUGAUAAUAAAAACCCCUUUCCUUGAAUUGCCAAUUUUCUUGCCAGAGAAAAAAACAUUUAGAAACUUGACUUCAAAUUGAAGUUCACAAUAAUUCAAGUUCAAAUUAAAAUGACCCAAAAGGUGUAAUUUUAACCCAUUAGAAAAAAUGUUUUAGUGUGUAUAGAUUGAAUUGUACUCCCUUUUAGAUUGAUUUGUAUUUUUGCACAGCGGUGCCUUGCAAUUUCUAUGGCAGUUGGUUUUGAAUGGUAUUUCUAACUCCUCAGCACAUAAAAAUAUCAGUAUUAGCUUGGGAAAUCAAGAAACUUUGAAAUAUUUGUUUUGGCUAGGGUAGUGUGGCUAGUGUGUUCGAUAAUGGUGCCUUUAACAUCAAUAAAAAUGGCAGUUAUCUUAAAAUAAUUAUAAAAUGCUAUAUAUUAUAAAUAUUCUGAUUAUCUUCUUAUUACUAAUAUUUUUGUUUGCUUUCCUAAGACGGUAGCGUUCCUCUAUUCUUUACCUUAACCAAAACAACCAGAGAAGGUCAGCUUAACUCGCUGUAAAAGCUCUGGCUCUGUCUAAAAUAAAAUCUACCAAGGAGAACAUCAGAUUCAGCUUUAUUUGCCACGUUUGUUCACAAAUGCAAGGAAAUUUACUCCUGUUCCACUUUCAGAGUCUGUAUGAAAAUCACAUUUCUGUCCGUGUUGACAUGAUAGCAUCACGCGGUUGCUGCAGAUUUGUUGCUGCGCAUCCAUGAUGUGAAUCCCCUGUUCCACCACGUCCCAAAGGUGCUAUAGUUGAUCUGGUGACUGUGGAAGCCAUUGGGGAACAGUGAGCUCACUGUCAUAUUGAAAAAGUGGUGGAUCAUGUUGCUGGAUUCAGCCCUCACAGUCAACAGCAAUCCUUAAUUGCUACAAAGGUUAGUAUACAAAGGCAAGGCAGGAUGGACACAUGCAAAGGCAUGUGUCCAUCCAUGGUGGGUCAGAAUUACACCAAAUUCUGACCCACCAUCAGAAAGUCGCUGCUCAAAUCAUGUCAUAUCUUAGGACAACAUGCUUUAAAUUUGUUUUUGUUCAAUUUUGGUGACCUUGUGUGAUUUUAAACCUUAGUUUUUUUCUUUCUUAGCUAACAGGACUCAGAUGGUAUUCCAGUUACCUUUGUGGUUACAAGUGUUUAUUUGAGCUACCGUUCCCUUUAUCAUCUCAAACAAGUCUUCCUAUUCUUUUCUGACAUUAGCAAGGCAGUUUUGUCCACACAACUUCCAUUCACUGGAUAUCCUCUUUAUCUGACCAUUAUUUGUAAAUCUGAGAGAUGGUUGUGCACGGAAAUCCCACUGGAUCUGCAGUUUCUGAAAUACUUGGACCAGCCAAUCUGACACCAACAACUAUGCCAAGUUCUAAAUCCCGUAAAUCCCCAUUUUUUCCUGUUCUGCUGCUUAGUCUAAGCUUUAGCAAGCUGUCUUCACCACAUCUAGAUGUUUAAAUGUGUUCAAUUGCUGCCAUUUCUUUGACUGAUUCGCAGUUUGAAUUAAGUAGCUACUGAACAGGUGUACCCCAUAAACUGGCCAGUGAGUAUAUGUCUCAUCUGUUUUCAUUAUAUCUCAAAACUAUUGGUCAGAUCACAAAACUUAAAGACCAUUUGUAAUACAGUAUUUCCAAAAUGAAUAUUCUAUUAAAAGGGGGCAAGUGGCUCCCUUUUUAAUAUCUUAACAUAUUAAAAAGACAUUAUCUUACUAAAUUAGCCAACAUCCCUCUAGCUUAUCUGUUUUUAAAAUAACAAGAUAUUUUCUUCUCUGUUAAAUGAUUCACCAAGGAUCACUAUCUUAUUCUACUUUUUGAUGGUUUUAACAAACUCAGGUUUUGACAAGAGCAAGAACAUAAUGCUAAAAGCUAAGCAGACACAUAAAUUAGGAUGUGUUGCUAAAUAAGUAUAACCAGCCGUUAUUACAUCCUUUGAUGUCAAAACAUUGUGUAACAGCUCAUUGAAGAGACAUUAAAUUAAGCUGCAAACACUCUGUUUCCUAUCUUGCCUUGUAUGCAGGCAUAUUGAAAAAUGUGACGUGGGUUUAAAUGUGAUAAUAAGAAGGGGAUUUUGUGGAACAUACUGUUAAAGUAUUUGAAGUAUGUGUUGCUGUUGAUGCUGUUCUGAAUAGUUUAUUGUAAUCAAGGGUGUAUAAUUCAGUGCUCAGCCUCGUCAGAAUGGGGUGCUUUACUUUUGCCUUGAUGUUACCAUGUUUAAGGAUCAAUUUAGCAUCUGGAAAUACAAUUCUGUGGUCAGAUAAUAAUUCACUCAAUUAAUCUGAAAGUUGGACAUGCUAUUAGUUCAGUUGCGAGCAUACAGCAUGUUGAGGUGAGUGAAUCGUCAUCACUGGAGACAGCGUGGCAUAGUGUUAAAUAACUGGGUCUUUGCUGUGACAUUGAUUUGCUGUGACAUUGAUUGUGUAACAGGGACAUAUUUGUAUGUUAUACACGGCGUGUGAGAGAUGCAUCACUCAAGCAGUAGGAUAUUUCAACAAACAUAUUUUGGGAGCUUGGCUUAUCUGUAUGGAUUGCAUUUUACACUACAGUGUUAAAUGCGUUGUAAUGUGGUGCCAGGGCAUUAUUUUUCUACAGCAUCUCGCCUUCAUUUGACUUUGAAACGAAUGACAGAUACACAAUAGUGUGACCAGAGUAUAAACAUAAUUAAUUGUUAGAGUUUUCAAAUAUUAUUAUUUUAAAUAUGCAAAGGUGCUAUCAAGGGUUAUAAAGGGUUUUCUAAUUUGCAAGUAUUUGUUUAUAAAAUUCAUGAACAACUAUCAAGGAUAUCAUGUAACAUUGGACUGGUGCUUUAAGAGCCAAAGGCUUUAUAGACAAGAAUGUGCAUAUAUUUUUAUGCUAAAUUACUAUUUAAUUUAUGUAGGAAAUAAGUAGGAAAUUUCACUGCUAAUUGAUUUCCAUUUGGCUUUUUUGUGUUCAAGGUUUAAUGCUCAGCUGUUGUUGGAUGAGAGGUACAUCCGGGAAUAAUUUAUGUAGGAAAUAAGUAGGAAAUUUCACUGCUAAUUGAUUUCCAUUUGGCUUUUUUGUGUUCAAGGUUUAAUGCUCAGCUGUUGUUGGAUGAGAGGUACAUCCGGGAAUAAUUAGUUUUUACCAUAUUUUUAAGAAUUAAAGGUAAUAUCGUCUACAAUAACAAAAUAUUCGUCCAGCCUCUUUCUAAAAGCUUUUAGAAUGAAUUUGGUUUAUUUUAAACAGCUUAAAUAAAUGUAUUGUGAAAUAACUUAAUAGAUGUAGAAUAUAAACUUACACAUUCCACUUAAUUCAUGGUGUCACUGUUUUGCUAAACAAAAUGCUCUAAAAAGACGUAAACGUAGAUUUUAGAGCCUGAAGAAAAGAAAUGUCAUGAAGUCAAUCUGGUUCAAAAUGUUUAAGUUGAACAUUUUGAUAAAGGUUGUUGUAUGUUUCUUUUUUUUUCUUUUUUUUACCAAAACCAAGCCAAACUAAGUACAAUAAGCUAGACUUUCAAAAGUAUCUUCCUGUCUAUGAAACAUGUUCUCUCCUGAAUUCUUUCUGGUGGACAAAGGUUCUGCACAAAGAAAGCUAUUUAUUUUGAAAAUGGAUUUCCUCACAACCACCAUGCAUCUGACUGCAAUAGCCAAAGACACAGCUUUGUGUUUUCAGCAAAGUAAUAGUUUCCAGCUUUUCACACUAACUCCUGUGUGCCAAUGUACAGUAUAGAACAUGUAGAUAGCAUUGAGUGCAUAGAUAUUUAUUGAAAGUCAAAGGGGUCUGCUUUUUUACAGUCUUUGCAGUUAGCAGAAGCAGGUAUAUCAUGGAAAUCAAAUCCCCUUUUGUCAAACAAACAAAAAGAAAUGUGACAGAAAAGAAAUGACGUUGUGUUUUGCAAACAGGUGUGAAUAUACACGCUGUUUUGAAAUGCUUCACUUGUCAGAAGGCUGUUUUUUCACAGCUGUUUAGAAAUUUGACUGUACAUCAAAGCAUGUACUGACUAAUCAGACAAAUGUUUUACUUUAACUGAUAAAACAUCAACAGUGUACUGAACAAGCAACAUUUUUAUACCCUUUGCCUUUAUUAGUUUUACAUUUUCCUCCCCCCUUCCAUUUUAAUUGCUUCCUUUAAAAUGUUGCUGCUAAUGUUUUAGAGAGCUUGUAAUAAUAGGAUAGUUGUAGAUAAUAAAAUGACAAUCCCUGAGCUGCAGACAGAUGUUAUAGCAUAGGAUUCUCCAUGUACUGUAUAAAUACUGUUGUUUUAUCCGUGCUUCAGAGCAUUCAUUUGCAUUGACCCUCAGCUUCUGCUCUGUUUGCUUUUUAUUGUAUUUGUGUAGAUGGAAGUGUACACUACUGAUGCUGUUUGUUGUGUUGGGGAGCACGUAGCAAUAAAGGAUUUCAUGAAUUUAUGUGA